AAAAGAAAUAGCACGUAGUCAUUGCUUGCUUCUUGUUGACAGUAGGGUUGCACUCUGCACGCCAUCCACGACCCUUUCUCUCGCUCGCUGCCAUAAACUCUCAGCUCUCUCUCUCUCUCUGCCACCGCAACGCAACGCAACAAUGGGUGCUUCUCUUCCCCCCAAAGAGGCCAACCUCUUCAAGCUUAUUGUUAAAUCCUAUGAAACUAAACAAUACAAAAAGGGCCUCAAAGCAGCCGAUGCCAUUUUGAAAAAAUUCCCAGAUCAUGGAGAAACUUUAUCAAUGAAGGGUUUGACGUUAAAUUGCAUGGAUCGUAAGCCUGAAGCAUAUAAACUGGUUCAACAAGGAUUAAGGAAUGACCUGAAAAGUCAUGUUUGCUGGCAUGUUUAUGGUCUCCUUUAUCGUUCAGACAGAGAAUACAGGGAAGCAAUCAAGUGCUAUCGAAAUGCACUGAAAAAAGAUCCCGACAAUAUUGAAAUCUUGCGGGACCUAUCACUUUUACAGCCUUAACUUGGGCUUCAGUUUUUCUAUGCUGGCAUCAUCUAUGGCAUAUCCUGCUCAUAAACAGUUGCUUCAUAUUGGUGUUGUCUGUUUCACAUGGAGGAAAGUUUAUCAUGAACUUUGUCCUUAACUUAUCAUGAUUGCCAGUAAUAGUACUUUUAUGAUACUGUAAUUUCCUAUCCAUGUAUAUUACUCUUGGUGAAGUUCAUUUGCACUUAAGUCCAAAAUUACUGCCCUUCUGUUACCUAUUCAAAUUCAGGUUAAAUUUUUCUAGAAAUAUCUGCUUCAUCAACUUAGGAAGGAUUAAGAGUAAAGGUGAAAGAAAAAUCUCUCUCCAUUCUCUUCCCAUUAGAAUCUGGAUACAAAUGUUUUGCAAUGAUAUUUUACUGUAUUGCUUUUCAUAUUGCACAGAUACAGAGUCAUUCUGUGAAUUCUCCUAUAGUGUAUUUGUUUUGACCCAUGUAUGUGCUCUUACACCACAUUGUCAGGCUCAAAUGCGAGACUUAGCCGGCUUUGUUGAGACACGACAACAACUGUUGACGCUCAAGUCAAAUCAUCGCAUGAAUUGGAUUGGGUUUGCUGUUGCUCAUCAUUUGAACUCUAAUGCAUCAAAAGCUAUUGAAAUUCUGGAAGCAUAUGAAGGGACAUUGGAAGAUGAUUAUCCUCCUGAAAAUGAACGGUGUGAGCAUGGGGAAAUGCUUUUAUAUAAGAUCACUUUGUUGGAGGAAUGUGGAUUUUUUGAGAGUGCUCUUGAGGAAUUGAGAAGGAAAGAGUUAAAAAUUGUUGAUAAGCUUGCAUAUAAAGAACAGGAGGUUUCACUUUUAGUCAAGCUUGGUCACUUGGAAGAAGGAGAGAAAUUGUACCGGGCAUUACUUUCCAUGAAUCCUGACAACUAUAGAUAUUAUGAAGGCCUCCAAAAAUGUGUUGGAUUAUAUUCAGAAAAUGGCCAUUUUUCUCCUGAUGAAAUAGAUCGGUUGGAUGCUUUAUACAAAACACUUGGGCAGCAAUAUAAGUGGUCUUCUGCUGUUAAGAGAAUACCACUAGAUUUUUUACAAGGUGACAAAUUUCAAGAUGCAGCAGAUAGUUAUAUUAGGCCUCUCCUAAGCAAGGGUGUUCCAUCUCUAUUCUCCGAUCUUUCUUCUUUAUACAAUCAACCUGGGAAGGCAGACAUUUUGGAACAGAUCAUUCUUGAGUUAGAGAAUUCACUUAGGAAAACUGGUCAAUACCCGGGAAGAGCGGAAAAAGAGCCCCCCUCAACUCUUAUGUGGACUUUGUUCUUGUUGGCUCAGCAUUAUGACAGGCGGGGCCAGUAUGAGAUAGCUCUUUCUAAAAUCAAUGAGGCUAUUGAUCACACACCUACUGUCAUUGAUCUAUAUUCCAUCAAGAGUCGGAUACUGAAGCAUGCUGGUGAUUUGGUGGCUGCUGCUGCAUUUGCAGAUGAAGCUAGGUGUAUGGAUCUUGCUGAUCGCUAUGUUAACAGUGAAUGCGUGAAGCGCAUGCUGCAGGCUGAUCAGGUGGCUUUGGCAGAAAAAACUGCUGUGUUGUUCACAAAAGAUGGUGAUCAACACAACAAUCUACAUGACAUGCAGUGCAUGUGGUAUGAGCUUGCCUCUGCUGAAAGCUAUUUCCGUCAAGGUGAUCUUGGACUGGCUCUCAAGAAGUUUCUAGCAGUGGAGAAGCAUUAUGCAGAUAUUACUGAAGAUCAAUUUGAUUUUCAUUCAUACUGCUUAAGGAAAAUGACGUUGCGUACAUAUGUGGAAAUGCUUAAAUUUCAAGACCAAUUGCAUUCACAUGCAUACUUUCAUAAAGCAGCAGCUGGAGCUAUCAGAUGUUAUAUAAAAUUGCAUGAUUCUCCUCCAAAGUCUACAGCUGAGGAAGAUGAUGAUAUGUCUAAGUUGCCUCCUUCUCAGAAAAAGAAAAUGAGACAAAAACAGAGAAAGGCAGAAGCAAGAGCUAAGAAAGAGGCAGAAGAAAAGAAUGAAGACUAUAGUGCCAGUGGGAUAUCAAAGUCUGGGAAACGGCAUGCAAAACCUGUUGAUCCAGAUCCACGUGGUGAAAAGUUGUUACAGGUUGAAGAUCCAUUGCUGGAAGCCACAAAAUACUUGAAAUUGUUGCAGAAGAAUUCACCUAACUCAUUGGAGACGCAUUUGCUAUCUUUUGAAUUGUAUAUGAGAAAACAGAAGAUUUUGCUUGCCUUCCAGGCUGUAAAGCAGUUACUUAGGUUGGAUGCUGAACACCCUGAUUCUCAUCGAUGCUUGAUUAAAUUCUUCCAUAAAGUGGGAUCCAUGACUGCUCCUGUGACUGACUGUGAGAAACUGAUUUGGAGUGUCUUAGAAGCUGAGCGCCAAACCAUUAGUCAGCUGCAUGGAAAAUCUCUGUUUGAGACAAAUAAUUCUUUCCUUGAAAAACAUGAAGAUUCUCUGAUGCAUAGAGCUGCUUUUGGAGAAAUGUUAUAUAUUUUGGAUCCCAGCAGAAGGUUGGAAGCUGUCAAGUUGAUUGAAGGAUCAACAAAUAACCUUGUGCCAAGAAAUGGAGCACUUGGACCUAUCAGGGAAUGGAAAUUUAAGGACUGUAUUGUAGUUCAUAAACUUCUUGGAACAGUUCUUGUUGAUCAGGAUGCUGCAUUGAGAUGGAAAAUGCGUUGUGCUGAGUUUUUUCCGUACUCCACAUACUUUGAGGGCAGCUGCAGCUCUGCCUCUCCCAACUCUGUUCUUAGUCAGAUAUGCAAGAACACUGAAAAUGGGAAUUCUAACCAUUUGGUGGGAGAUCACAUUGUGGAAUCUGUCGCAUCAAAUGGGAAACUUGAAGAGGCAUUUAAAGAUCUUGCUUUCUGAAAAACGUAGGUUCAAAAAAGGUUUGCAAGUUACACCCAGUUUGGAUGCUCUUGGUAAACAAGUUGCAGUUGAAACCCAUCUAAACAACUAGGUUACUGUUUCCAGUGGUGGUCAUAUACUGAGUUCUGGUGCAGGUUAUAUCAAAUUCUGGACACAAGUCACAGAUGUAUUUUCUUUGCACGAGUUCUCCCUCACCAAAUUGACAUUUAUUCCUUUUUUUUUGCAAAUGUGUAUAAUUUUACCGCAAUUAUGUUUUAGGGUUGAAUUUUUUAUUUGUUCAGCCCUUUUUCCUGAGAUUCUAAGAGAGAAGGCUCCAUGGAUCCAUCAUCGCAGGGAGAGCUACAGAAAUUUUAGGUUUCUGGUCCUGCAUGCGGCCAGGAUAUAUAUACUCCGAGAGCAUGUUGUACUUUUCCUAUUUGUUUGCUUGUUUAUCAUGUAAAAUUAUUGAACUAUGUCAAAAUUUUGCUUUAGAUUUCCAUAUAUGUGUGGAAAUUCUGCUAUGUUGAAUACUAGCCGAUGGUUGAGAAGGCUAUUGUAAGUUACGAUUGAAAAAAAAAUAAUUUAGACUAAGUGGGGCAAAAUUGAUAUAAUUUUAU